AUGUUCUUCCCGCGACUCUACGACGAGAAGCGUCGGAAGAAAGGCCCAGUACCCCUGCGAGAGGAGCAGAAUCGGUUGUUCUUCGACGGCUUUAUCAGGCCAAGUAUUGAGAAGAUUGGACCGCACUUUGUGCACCACUUGCCUGGAAGCUAUGACUCCGUCCAGGCGGCAUCGCGCAUCGCCAGGGAAUCGUCGGGCUCUGCGGCUGUACGUGGGGCGGCCUUUGAGGUGCCAUAUAGCGAGGAGAACCUCCCCAGGUUGUGGAGUGUCAUGCAGGAGGCACUCGAUCGUGCGGAGCGCGACAUGGCAGCUGACGGGCUCCGACCCGGUGACGGCGGGGGCGUGCGGGAGACAGAAGAUGCCAGUAGGCUGUGGCAGUUUGGCGAUGCUAUCUUCCUCUGCAGCUACAAGGACACCAAGCUGUGGCAUCAAUCUCCCGGCAGCAGCAUAGCUGGGGUGUUGGGAGACUUCCGCGCCCGAUGUGGCGUCGUCAAUUUCGAGCAGGAGCCGGCAGCUAGCAGUCGCAGUGGCAACCCUGCUUACGGCAACGACAGGACAGAACCGACGCUGCGGGGGCAGACCCAGCUUGUCGACGUCGCAUCCGAGCUCCUACCAACGAGAAGUGGGCAUACUGUUCUGGCUCGGCGGUGCUGCCAGUAUAACACCUUGCGUUUUCUCUACGGGCAGCCUGGAGAGGCUCUACUGGGGAGGGCAGCACCGCGGGCGGAGGACGAGGUUGAUAGUGACUGGAAUGACGAGGCCGGUAGUAGCCAGGAAGGUGAGGAAGGGGAGGGUGAAAAUAACCAUGACGGAGACGACGAGCGAGCUCCACGCGGAAGGAGGAGCGAGGAGGAGCAGGCUACAGGAGACGGUUGGAAGCCUCCUCGGAUCCCGCGCGCCGCCACGACGGAGUAUCCUGUACACAUGCUGCGAGACUCCAUCUCCAUCACUUCAGAGCCCAGGAGAACUAGUCCUAUCUUUAGGCGCGGCGUCUCGUAUGUACAGUCCUACACCGUAGAGGAGGGGAAUUUCAACGUGGCUGCCAUCUGGGCCUUCUCACACCCCAAUAUCUUCAACCUCGCGCACAGCGAUGAGGCCUGGGCGGCAGUGGCCCGAAAGGGUAACAUCAAGGCUAGCCGCCAGGACGCGGAACGGGCACUAUCGCAGUCAAUCCAGCGCAUGGCUAGCAACCUCGAGGACCCGUCACGGGGGUACGGCUGGCGGGUUGAGCUGCGCAUCACGACAUCACUCGCGGCUCAGCUGCGGCCGGCGGAGGAGGCCUGGUGGCGACUGAUCAAGCGGGUAAACCGGCUAUCUGAUGAGCCAGGUGCCGUUGCCGUGGCACCGGAUCGGGAUGCCUUCUAUAUACUCGCAGCUGGAGACUUUAACACGUUUGUACGACAGAACAUUGACAAGCAUCUGCGGCUCAUGGACUACAUCAUGUCGUACUGGGCGCGAGACCCAUCUACACCGCAGUCAGCGGCAUCGCUCUAUGCCAUCGUGACGCUUGCUCUCCGGCAUUUCAUCAACCAUCAGCCCCAUGCACUAGCCAGGAUAUUGUCUGCGCCGCUCGCGGCCACUGCCCGGGGCAACAUCGGUCUCGAUAUGGCCCGCUCUAGAGAGCAGCGGGGAUUUUCCUUCUUCCCGAAAGACGUAGUGGACUGGCAUGAGCUUCGGCUCCACGACUGGGCCACGGACCUGCUUCAGGUGCCACAGCUCGUCAUCAAGGCACACUGGCUAGAAGAGGCAUCGCUGCGGCAGUCUAGACACCUUAUCGACCAGGUAAUUAGCCUCGCCAUCAGCAAGGACAUCCGCACGCGGGAGCAGGCUGAAGAUGUGCUUGGGAUCCUCUCGCAGCUCCUGAUUCGCAGCUAUAAGGAAGCGGCAUACCUGGCUCUCUUCCCAGCGAAGGGCAGAAAGAAUAGAGUGCCGGACAUGGACGUGUUCGAGUUUACCCUGGCUGGCGUGCGUGCUGAGUCAAGAACCGUGCAGGGAAGAGACUGCAAUCCUCCAGGGAACCACCGCUUCUUCAUCAAGCACGUUUCAACCUAUUUUGCCUGGGCAUGGACCCUCGCCGAUAGUGACAUUAGCCGUGGACAUCUGGAAAGCCAGCAUUUCCGCGUGGAGGUUAAGAGGGCCAUUAAAGCGUUCGAGCAGCUCAGCCAUAAUCCGUUCAUCACGGCACAACGGUUCCUUUGCGUGCUAUACUACCGCUUCUGUCAGCAGAUACUCUGUUUCCCCAACCCGGACAAGAUCAACGGCGUCAUGUCUGUGACUGCCAAGAACGGUAGCCGCACAGUUCUCUGUACACAUAUUAUCAAGCCGUGUGUAACCAUUCCUGACGAUGCCAAGCUGGCGGACACCGUUGCAGCCAUCGUGUUAAACCAGGAUCUGAAUACCCAUCCACAACAGAACACAUACCCAUCUCACAUCAUCUAUUCUAUCAAGCAGAUCCGUAGAUAUCUACAUUUACCUCUAUCUAGAGAUGAUCUGUGA